CGGCUGACUACAGGCCUGCGCUGUCCGUCACACAGCGCCACCUCCUUGUGUGAAGGGCAGGUUGCGGCCCACCGCGCCUUGCGGUUUUGGGAGCACAAAUAACGCUCCUCUGUGGUGCAGAAUAAACGCGUCCAAUGCGCACCGAGGAGAACCUGUUAUGUCUGCCAUGCGUGAAGCACGUAAGGCUCUCAUUUGAUGUCUACUGGGUUCCACGCCAAGACUGACAUGUUUGCCAGCUGCAGCGCUGCAAAGAGGCUUUGUUGGUGCAAGCUUCUUUAUAUUCAUCUGGUCCAAACCAGGUCCCUGUCUGGGGCUGAUGCUGUCAAUGCUUUAAGACCAUUCUAUUUUGCUGUGCACCCUGAUUUCUUUGGACAGCACCCAAGAGAGAGAGAGAUCAAUGAAAACUCACUAAAGAGGUUGAAUGGAUAUCUGGAAAAUCUUCAAAAACCAGGUCUUAGGAAACACAAACCUGCUCAGCUUACAUUUUAUGUUCGAGAAACGGUACAGAACUCUGAGAGUGAUCACGACUCAACACGGGAUCCAGGCUUUCGAUCAGUUAGCUUUACUUUAGAUUCCAGGGACCUUUUGAGCACCGUCCUGGGCAUUCUAAAUUCCUGCAGCUUGUCCACUGACCAUGUACAAAGCUCAGCAGAUAGUAUGGCCUCUACAAAGACAGCCACAUCAUCAUUCUACAGGCCCAUUAAAUGGGACAAGACAUUUUAUUCCUUCACUGGAUACAAGAACCCUGAAGAGGAGCUGAAGCAAGCACAGAAAACGGAAAUAACCAUUAUUUCCUGGAUACUAAGUAACCAAGAAGUGGCGCAGAAAAAGCUGAGCAAUAGUAUUCCUCUAAGGGAAGAACUGGAACGCUUGAAAACAGAGCUGUCCGACCAGCUUCAACUUUCUGGUAUCCGAUGGCAGAGAAGCUGGGGUAUAGCUCAUCGCUGCGGCCAGCUGCACAGUUUAGGACGUCUUAUGAAACAUAAUUCUGAGUCUCUGAAGAUGGCAAAAGGACACACAGUCAUAUUCACAGACCAGACGGGCAUGAGUGCAGCUGGACACGUCAUGUUGGGGACAAUGGACGUUCAUCAUCACUGGACCAAGCUUUUUGAAAGGUUACCCAGCUUCUGUGUACUUCAAGGAAAGUUGCUGCAGCUACAGGAUAGGAUAAGCCAUCUCCUUGGGGGCAUUGAAAUAGUGCACAUUGAGGAACUGCAGCCAUUGUUGACAAUGGAGGAGCAUUACUCUGUCCUUCAUGCAUUCUGCAAAAAGCUGCUAAACCGGAGAGUACCCAUUCACCCACGCAGUUUACGUGGACUGCAGAUGACGCUGGAAUAUGAUCAUUUUGUGCCACGUUUACAUGAGAUGGGACAUUUCAUCAUACCAACCGUGUGUGACCCUCCAUCUCUACAGUGGUUUCUUCUGGCUCAUACUCAACAAGCAAGAGAAAAGUUAAAAAGGAAAGAAGAGUUGAAAAUUGAAGAACAAGAGUUAACCAAAGCAUGCAAAGCCAGUGCAUCACUAAGUAGACUGUAUAAGGAGCCCAGCAUAUCCUGUGAGCAGAUGAUCAACUGUUGUCAACGGCUGAUUGAGGAACCAUUGCCCAACUUGAUGGGGAUGCAUCUGUGUGUCUCUCAUUACUACUCUGUGUUGCAAGAUGGAGACUUAUGUAUUCCCUGGAACUGGAAGAGCUGAAACAUAGCACAUUAUAUGCUUGGCAACAGCAAUAUGACUGUUUCUAUAUAUUUCUACAAAGUUAAAAUAUAUAAGAACAGGUACCCUGGAUUCAAGUCUGGGCAGAUACGUUAAUUAAAAUAUAUUUAUUUUUA